UAUUUUUUCUCUUCCAUUGUUACCAUUCUUGAUCCUUUUUGGUUUGGUUGGGUUGGGCUAAGCCUCCCUUGACCUGUUGAUUCAUUACUUCACUUUUCCUUUUCAUUUUCAGGCAAUUUUUCUUCUCAGGUACGUCAAUUUUUCUUCUCAGUGUCCGUAGCAUUUUAAAUUAUGAUGGAGAAGGCAGAUCCUUCACAGAAACUAUAUACAAGGAUGCGACUUUGGGAAUUCCCAGAUCAGUAUGUUGUUGAGCCUACUGAUGGAUCCUGUGGUUCAUGUUUGGAGAUUAGUCGCAUGGAUGGAUCUAUGAAACUAAUAGAUGAGGUUCCAGAAUGCAGUUCGGUUCGUGUUCCCAAAAUUCAGACAGUAUUUGGUGUUAUAGGCAUGCUAAAGCUUUUGGCUGGUUCAUAUUUACUUGUCAUAACGGAACGGGAAUGUGUGGGAUCUUACUUCGGGCACCCUAUCUUUAAAGUUUCAUCAAUGAAAUUUUUUCCUUGCGAUCACUCUCUCAAGAACUCUCCUGCUGAACAGAAAAACAUGGAAGCUCAGUUUUUGGCACUGCUUAACGUUGCAGAGAGGACUCCUGGUCUGUACUUCUCUUAUGAUGUCAAUUUAACAUUAAGUGCUCAACGACUGCAUGAUUUGGGUGAUGAAUCCAAGUUGCUUCCUCUAUGGAGACAAGCAGACCCUCGAUUUCUUUGGAACAACUAUAUGAUGGAAGUGAUGAUAGAUAACAAGCUUGACCCAUUCUUGCUUCCUGUCGUCCAAGGCAGUUUUCACAAUUUUCAAUCUGCAAUUGGAAAAGACAUCAUUGAUAUUACGCUGAUUGCAAGGAGAUGCAACAGGAGAACUGGCACUCGAAUGUGGAGAAGAGGGGCUGAUUCUGAUGGAUUUGUUGCAAAUUUUGUGGAAAGUGAGCAAAUUAUCCAGAUGAAAGGGUAUACAGCAUCAUUUGUUCAGGACCUCCGAGAUGCAAUGUACAUUUUGGUCAGAGGGUCAAUCCCAUUACUAUGGAAUCAGAUUGUUGAUUUGACAUAUAAGCCCAAGUUUGAGAUAGUGAGAAUUAUAGAAGCACCUAGAGUUGUUGAGCGACACUACCUGGAUCUGAGAAAGAAGUAUGGAAAUGUUUUAUCAAUUGAUCUUGUCAACAAGCAUGGAGGAGAAGGACACCUAAGUGAAAAGUUCGCGAAUGCAAUGCAGCAUGUUGUUGGUGAGGAUGCGAAAUACUUGCACUUUGAUUUUCACCACAUAUGUGGGCAUGUUCAUUUUGAGCGUCUUUCUAUCCUCUAUGAUCAAAUUGAGGAUUUCUUCAUUAAAAAUAGGUACUUUCUAUUAAAUGAAAAAGGUGAGAAAGUUGAGCUGCAACUUGGAGUUGUGAGGACCAACUGCAUUGACUGCCUAGACCGUACAAAUGUAACUCAGAGCAUGCUAGGUCGGAAAAUGCUGGAAUUCCAGCUCAGACGACUUGGUAUUUUCGAUGCUGAAGAAACUAUUAGCUCACACCCCAACCUUGAUGAAAGCUUCAAAAUCUUGUGGGCCAACCAUGGGGAUGAUAUAAGCAUCCAGUACUCUGGUACUCCAGCUUUAAAGGGAGAUUUUGUCAGGUAUCGACUUUCUUGUUCUGCUGAAAUAGAAAAAUGAUAUUCAUAAUGAGUGUUGAAAUUCUUUUCAUAUAUCUACUAACUUAACAUUUUUGAUAACAUCUUGCAAGCAUGAACUAUUCGGAACUGCUAGAACGGGGUAGGUUAUUAGUGUACUAAUACAUUAUGUAGAUGUGAAAAGUUGUUAUGUAUUUCAUAUUUCUGUAUGUGAAAAAAUGUAUAAUUAUCUUCAUAUGCAAAGCGUAUAUUGGAGAGUGCAUUAGUACAAAUACAGGCAUAUCAGUAGGAUUUGGACCCUGGCGAAGUUCCUGAAUCUAUGGACAUGGAUGAACCAUCAUUGACAUUGGUACUAGUUGUUGGACAAUUACAUUCAUAUCAAAAGCAAGACUAUCCCCAUUGAAUCUUUCAAUGCCAACUGCAAAAUUCCAUGGAUAGUUUAUCUCGAGAUCUUGAUUUAUAAAGACUAAUGUCACGUC